AUGUGUUUCAACCACCGGCAGGGCGCCGCGUUGACCACGGCAACCUCAUCAUCGCUCGCAUCAUCUGCUGUUAAAAUAAAAGCUACCAACGCGGAACUCCGCGCCUGCACGAUGACCAGCACCGGCCCUCAAUGGCCACACGCUGGAGCGACCGACGACGACGCGGGCUUUGGUGACGCAUACCUGGCCACGCAGGUUUUGGACCCGGGUGACUGGGCGGUGUCAGCCGCAGAGCUGCCGCCCAGAGCAGUCGCACGACCGCCACUGCCACUACCACGGCCAGGGGCCCUACAGAUACCCACGCCGCAUUCGCCACCAGUACUACUCCCAGUACUGCUCCCAGUACUGCCACCAGUACUGCCGCCAGCGACACAUUCUGGUUCCUCGCAACGUCGGGCCCCUCGUGAAAACGAGCCGCACCUGGAGCAGCCGGAACCGCAGCAGCAGCAGUCACAGUCACAGCCGCAGGUGCAGGUGCAGUCACAGCCGCUGUGUCGACAGCUGCCUUCGCCUCCGCCGCCACCGCCACAGCAGCACCCCGCAGGACUAUCAGAGCCGCAAUGUAGCCCUGGACCCGGCGCCGGUGCUGCUCCUAGCCCCGGCCGUGGCCCCAGCGCUGCCGCUGCUGGUGCUGGUGCUGCCGGCCCUGGCGCUGGUAUCAUAACCUCAAGCAUGCAAGUGCAAGCACAAAUGCACGCGCAGCGUCACUGCCAGGCGGGCGGGGAGGACGGCGGCAUGGGCAGAGCUGCGAAUGUGUGUUCGCUGGAGAUGCCACCAACCUUACCACUGAGCGGCGCUGAGCAACCGGCUGUGGCGGGCGCCCUUGGGGGGGAAGGGGGAAGCGGAGGGGGAGGCGGGGGGGAAGAGGGAGGGGGAGUAAAGACGGGCGCGGAAGGAACAGCAGCAGAUGCUGCUGCGGGGUCCACGCCGGUCACGGUGGUAACGACAGAAACAGCGGCUGAGGCUGUGGCGGCAGAAGACUGCAUCGACGUACGACGAAUGUUGACAGCAGCCGACGGCGCAAGCAGUGGGCAGCCUCCGCAGCCUUUGCUGCAGCAGCAGCAGCAGCAGCAGGCAGAGCAGCAAGCGGAUAGCCACCUGAGCCUUACACCAACUGCCGUACUCACCCGUGGAGUCGCCACCGUCCCCGGCGAGGACCCUAGCGGUAUCGACGGUGGUGCUGGUUCGCCCGCCGGUCAACGGUGCAAUCAGUCGCGAAGUGGGUCAGUCGUGAAAUCGCCGGGGGUGUCGGAGAAGGAUGACGUUGCUGCGGCAGCAGCAAUGGCGGCGGCAGUGGCGGCGGCGGCAGUGGCGAUGGAGGAGAAGGAGGAGGAGGACGACGAGGAGGAGGAAUUGGGACGCAGCGGCGUCAUUGAUGACGAAGCGCCUCCUUCAUUGGCGCUGGCGCUCCCCGCCUCGCCAUCGUCGCCACGGGUGCUGGACGUCGACCUGCAUUGCAACCUCACCUUUCCCCCCAGCCUCCAGCUUGCUCUCGAUCCGGAUCAUGCUGCGGAUCUGGAUCCAGCUCCGGAUCUGGAUCCAGCGCUCGCCCCGGAUCUCAACCUGAACAUGAACCUCAGCCUGGGCGGGGGAGCACCGCCGACGCCUGAAUCCGAUGCUGCCGCGGGUGCAGCCGCUGGUACGACAACUGCUAUGCCUUUUGACGGCGAUGCUGUGCCCAAGCCAGGUUUGGGGAUGGGGCCGCAAGCCGCUCCGAGACCAGAGCUCUCGCAGCUACAGCUGGAGUCGGAGCUGCUGCAGAGAGGGCAGGAGCUGGAACACAAUUUGCAGGAGGGCGGCAAUCCGCGAUUGCCACCGCAGCAGCAACAGCCGCAGCAGGAGGAGGAGGAGGAGAAAGAGGUGGAGGAGGACAAAGAUAAGGAGGAGGAGGAGGAGGAGGACGGAGCGCCGCUGCCACCGCUGGGUGAGCUGCUACAGGAGCCGAUGGACUGCGAUGACCCGCAGGGUGUAGCAGCAGUAGCAGCGGUGGCGGCGACGGCACUGGGCAGCGGUUCUUGUGCGGCUGCAGCGGCUCAUCCAGCAGAGGGAGCGGAAGCCAUGGUUUCGGAGCUUCAUGUCGUACUUCCCGACACGGAGGUGGUACUGGAGGCCGAGGAGGCUGGCCCCGCCGCCAUCGCGACGCCGGUGGCGGCGGCGAUGUCGUACGAGCUCGUCGGUUCUGACGCUGCACGUGAUGCCGGGACAGCAGCGGCGGAGCCGCAACGCGGCGGCGGCAGCCAGAGCAGUGGCGGCGCUGCUGCUGCUGGCGGCGGCGGCGACCGACCUGGCGGCCGCGAGGGCUCAAGGGUGGUAGAACACUGCGGCGGUUCGGCAGCAGCGGCGGGCGCUGCCACAACAAACGUCGCCGCUGUUGCGAGCCGAGCUGCCGUACUGGCAGCGGAAGGGCAGACGACGCGGCCUGAUCCUGGCCCUGACGGAGGCGAUGGUCUUCGUGCCACCGCGACACACAACGUUGACGAUUUCAUGGAGGUUGAUGGCGGAACGGCAGCGGCGGCGGUGCCGCCGCCACCAACUGCAAUAGUUGCCAACCAGCCACGCGCUCACGCCGCUGCCGUACGCAAUGCCGUGACGCCAGCCAGUAUGGAAACCACCCGCCAGCCACCGGCGUUUGUAGCUGAAGUCGCGAGCAUCAGUGCUGCCAGUGGUGGCGGUGACGGCAACGGUACGGCCCCGGAUGAGCUCAGAGGACUGGAAGCCGAAGCCGCGUCUGCGGAGGCGCAGAAUCCUGCCGUACAGGGCGCCCCGCGGCUCAUGGCGCCUGGUGCUGCUAGCGGCGGUGGUGACGGCGACGGCGGCAGCGGCGGCAGACGCCGCCGCGACAGCCCCGUCCUGACCUCGGCUACUGCCACCGUCACCGCCACCGUCACCGCUACGGGAACGGGCCCGGGUACGGGGACCUUGGAUUGCGAGAGUGACGUCAGCAGUUUUGUGUCUGGCUCACAUGGCGAGGGAAGGGGGCUGGCGGAGGCGAAUGCGGAGCUGUCCAGGCUGCAUAGAGGUCUGCUCUCCGGUGAUGCCGAUCGCGGUUUGGCCAGUGUGAUCGUGACGGAGGAGCUGAAGACCGCCAUGGCGGCGGCGGGGUUCAGAACCAGGGGUGCCGUACACAUGGACAGAGAGCACCAAAAGCGUCUAAACGUGUGGGAGCUAAUGCUAAUGAGGGCUCACCAGCAGCAGCAGCGCGAUGACGAGGAGGUGGAGGAGGAGGAGUGGCGGCAGCUGCAGCAGCUGCAGCAGAAAGGAGGAGAGGUGACUGGGGAUCCGCUUCCUGGCCGAGGCCGACGGCGAGGCGGCGACGGCGGUUGCGGUGGUUGGGAGUUAACUUUCGUUGCCGUUGCUCCCGCUGGGCUCGCUUUGGCUGCUGGCGCUGGUACUGGGGCUGGUACUGGUGGCGGUCGCCCUCCGGUACCCAACGGCGCCGUCGAGAGGCCCUCGGCUGGCGGCGGCGGCGGCGCCGUCAAGCCCUCUGACAGUGACGAGACACAGGCGCCAAGCGUCGACAACUUUGUGGCGCUAUCGCCGCCGUCUGCUUGCCAACGGCCGGGAGCUGGAACGGCGCCUUUGCAGUCGCAGCCGCAGCCGGAACACCCACAGGGGCGGGGUACUGUAGACGCAAAUGCUGUUUCUGGCGGCGCCCUCGGGCCCGCCGCCGCCUCCGUCGCUGCGACAACGGCGACGGCGGCGGCAGCCGCCGUGGCGGGCUCCGCCACCAAGCCUAAGCCCGGUGCUCGCAGCGGCUGUGCUGCCGCCAAGCCGGCGGCGGUGGCGGCUCCGCCGCCGCCGGCGCCGCUUCUGCGUUUGGACGGCUCGGAGGAAGGCAGUACGUGCAGCGUCCGCGUCACAGCUGCGCCGUUACGGAGCGCCGCUACGACAGCGGCGGCGAGUGGAGGCUCAGCCGUUCUCAGUUCGGCGGUCCUUGUGGGCUCGUUGGCGUGCUACGCUGGCGGCAGCGCGGCGGCGGCGGCGGCGCCACACACCCAGACUCAGACCCAGACGGAUCCAGAGACUCUCCCGCGCGCUGCGCACAGCUUCAGCUUUGGCGUAGUAACUGCCAAAGGUAACGGUAACGGUGAUAGUAACGGACAGGGGACGAGCAAAGGGGUACAUCAGGUGGCGGGCGGAUCGCAGGGUCGAGUCAGCAGGGGCCCUCGCUGCGGCAGGCCGCCGCCGCCGCCGCCGCCGCCAUCGGCAGCGGCUCCGCCGCCGCCAGGCGUGGCGCCGUUGGUCUGCAAGUUGAGCUCCCAGGCCAGGCGAGCGGAGCGUCUGGCGGCGUCGCGGCGGCAGCAGCUACAGCUGGCGGCGCUAGAUCGCGCGGCGGCAGGAUCGACGGCCGUGACACCGGGGCGGACCGUGAUUGUACCGCCGUCGGCGCGUGUCGUACAUGCUGUUACCGCCUCCGCUGCCAAGGCCAGCGGACCGACGUCGCCGCCUGGUCCUGGUACGACGCGAGGAAGAGUUGGUCGCGAAAGUCAGGCGAUGUCGCCGACGCCGACGGUGGCGGCGGCGCCGUCAGGCGUUCGUAUCGCCAAACCCACUCUGGAACGUCCCAAAGCUCGUACACCGUCGACAGGCCAACGUCCUCCCCCGCCGCCGCCGCCGCCGCCGCCGAUAAACCGAAACCUAAUCAACCCGGAUCCGCACGGCGACGCAGAUCCGUACUUCCUGCCCUCGAUGCCAUCCCACGACGCCGCUGACGCUGUCGCUGACGCCGACGGCGGGAUGCCCUCCCUGCAAAGCCUUUCCUUGGCACAACUGGCAGCCAACAACCUUGCGACAGGUCAAAUUCAGUACGGCAGACGGACCGGCGGGGCGCCGGCUGGCGCCGCCGCCGCUGAACAGCCGGCGGCGUCAGCAACGGCGAUGACGGCGGCGGCAGUAACCGCACACGCGGGGUCUACGGCGGUGGCGGAGGCGGACGCCGAAUGGCUCCGCGUUCGACGCCUUGGCGACGCGGAUGAUGAUGAUGAGGAGGAGGAGGAGGAGGACGAGGCGGGGGAGGGGGAGGAGGAGGAGGAUGGUGCUGCAGGGGAGAAGCACGGAAGGCCUCGGGGCGACAGCGGGGGAUUGUCGCCGCCGUCGGCAGCGUUCAGCUUCGGGGUGCGGGUUUUGGCCGGCAGUAGCAGCACCGGCGGCGGCGGCUAUGAUGGUGACGAUGGCGGUGGUUUCGGAGGCAGCGUCGGUAGCGGCGGUGCUGGGGAUGUCUUCAGGGCUGUAGUGACGAGAAAAACGCCACCUGCAGCGGCAGACGCAAGUACGGAUGCUGCUACAGCUUUGACGGUGGCGACGGAAGUUGUAGCGCUGGGACAGGAGCUGCUGCAGGGUCCUCCAGCAGACACCUCCUCGCCAACCCGUCCUAGCCCUAGGAUCACCGUCCGGCAGCACCAGCAGCAACAGCAGCGGAGGCGGAGUACCGCAUCGCCGACGAAACACGCUGGGGCCGCAAACGUUACCGCUGGCGAGGCAAGUCCCAGCGGCGCCGUCGCCGCUGCGGCCGCAGCGCAUACGCCGGCAGCGGCAGCGGACGGUGCUGCAGCUGGGCACGCGACCGCCUCCGACGGCGUUCCGUUGACGGCCGGCGGCGUGUUCCACCGCCGACGCGUCAUCUUCGAACAACCGAGUAGCCCCAGCGACGGGGAGGUCAGCAGCGGCGACGACGAACGUACGCCAGUACGGCAGUUGCAUCUACCGCCGCCAUCGCCGCCGCCACUGCAACAUUGUUUACGCGCUCUAAUACAGCCACCAACUGCGCACAGAGCCCAGUCCGCCCCAGGUGCAGUGCAACGGGCCGCGCUGGCUGCUGCUGGCGGCGGCGGUGGUGGAUCCGUCGCGAAGUCCUUGCUGCCGUCGGCGACGGCACCGGAACGCCGGCCCGACGGCAGCGGCAGCGGCGGCGGCAGCGGUGCCCGCAAGCGGCGGCGGUACAGCGGACCGACCGCAUCGUCCGGUCCCAAAUUCCACCGACGCCUGGACCUCAGAAAGGCGACGGGGGUGGCGGCGGCGGCGGCGGCGGCGGCGCCGACGGCCGCAGCGGAGGAGGGCGAGGAGGACGACGUGGACGAGGACGAGGAGGACGAGGAGGAAGAUGACGAUAAGCCUUUAGCAGCCCUGGUGGCCGGCGGCCGCAAUGGCGGCGGCAGCAGUUGUGCGAAGCGGAGCGCCGCCGCUGUUGCCGCCGCCGCUGCUCUAACGCCAAAGACCACUGCGACGGCGACGGCGGCGGCGGCCGUAGCUGCAGCUGGGGCUGGGAGCCGCUGCAGGAGUCGCCGGAAGUCGGGCGCUGUAGCGUCGCCGCCGACGGCGGCGGUGGCCCCGGUGGAAGUGGUGCUUGCAGGCGGAGAGGACGCAUUUGAAGACCAGGAUGAGGGUCCCGCUCGCGGCGGCGGCGGCGGUGACGGCGGUGUUGAUACGGGCGACGGUAGUCCCUCCCGCCGCCGCCGUCACUCCAACCCGGCGCUUCAACCGCUCCGCCGCUCGCCGCGUAGCUGCAGGAAAGCCGCCGCCGCUGCUGGAGCAGCAGGAGUAGCAGCGGGAGCAGCAGCAGCAGCCGGCACCACACCCACAAAGGUGGCCACCGCCGACGGCGGCGGCGGCGGCGGCUGCAGGGCAGCGGUCCGGCGGCAGCGGACGCCAUCUCCGGCUCCUGAGGCGCAUGGCACGGGCAUCGGCGGCGGCGCCGCCGCCGCCUCCGCCGCCGCUGCGGCGGCGCUUCUCAGUCAGCCCAGUUCCAGCGACCCCGGCACGCCGGAGGGCCGGCUCCGAAAACGGCCCAGCGGUCAGGCGCCCCUGGAGUUGAUACUUCAACGGAGCAAACGGCAGCGCUGCGGCAUCUUUGGCGGCGUCACUUUUCUCGUCACCGGCUUCACCCGCCAACCGCCGCAGCCACCGCCGCAUGCAUCGGCGACGGCGCAGGCGGCGGCGGCAGCCGCCGCCGCCGCCGCCGAUGGCACUACCGCCGCAGCUGACGCCUGCCGCACAACCCGACGCGAGAUCGUCAAUCUCAUCCAGCGCAACGGCGGCAUGGUUAUGGAAGACCUGCCGCCGCCGCCGCCGGCCCUCGGCGCCGCCGCCGCCGCCGCCGCCGCCGCCGCCGGGACAGCGUCUCCGGCUGGCGGCGCCGCCAGCUGGGGGUGUUGCAGCGCCCGUCAGCUUCCCGACGUGGUGAUUGCGGACUGCGCAGACCGCCGUACAUGCAAGAUGCUGGGCCCGCUGGCGCGCGGUGUGCCGGUGUUGUCCGCGAAAUGGCUCCGCGACAGCGUGGCGGCGGCGCGUUUCCUUGACCCCGCUGCCCGGCCUCCGGGAGAGCACUUGCUACAUGCGCCGCAGCCGCAUCUGCUUCCAGGCGGCGUCUUUGCAGGUGUUCGUGUGUAUCUGGCGGGAGAUGCCGCCUUCCGGUCCACCUUCGGUCGGGUGCUGUCGGUGGCGGGGGCGCUCAUCAUGGACCACUGGGAGGCCGCAGUGACCGGGGCGCAUGUCGUGGUAGGGGGGGUUGACGGGGCGGGUAGCUUCGUCAUGGAACCGGCGGUUGACCUAGUGGUGGUGGACUCCGCCGCCCCAUCAGCAGCAGAUGCCGCUGCUGACGGCGCCGCCACCGCCGGAGCCGCCGGGGCUUGCCCCUCCUCCCACCGCCUCCGCUCCGGAACCAACAUUCCCGCUGCUCUACGUCGUGCCGUACGGUCCUUAUCCAUUCCCGUCGUGGACAAGGAAUGGGCAGUGGCGGCCAUACUCCGCGGAUCGCUGCCGUCGGGCUUCCCAGCGGGGGCGGCGGCGGCGGCGGCGGCAGCUUCAGGGCCCCAGCCAGCGGCGGCGGUGGCGGUGGUUCCGCCUCCACGGUCUCCUCCCCUUUUUCCGCACCCCUCUCCUGCAAUCACCCAAGCAGGGCACGGCCACGGGUUGGCACAGAGGCAAGGCCAGAUGCAUCAUCACCAUCAGGGGGCCCAGGGAGGACCUGUGGAGGUGGCGGAAGCGGGUGGCGGCGGAAGCGGCAGCGGCGGCGGUCCAUCUGGUCCAGCAGGGGAGGUUCCAGCAAUCGCGACGGCGACGGCGGCAGCGGCGGCGGCGGCGGCGGCGAAGGUGGUGAGGGCAAAGCCGGGUGGUGGAAGUUCGGGAGGGGGUGCAGCGGCAGCGGCAGAGACGUCAGGGCAGCGAACUCCGCUGCCGCCGCCGUCGCGGGCCCCGUUGCCGUCCCCGCCGCCGCCGCCGCGGCAGCAGCAGCAGCAGACGGCUGGCGGUACGGAGGCGGCGCCGUCAGGAUCGCCGGGACUCGUAGCUCGAAGGCAUUUGGCUGCCGCCGCAGCUGGCGGCGUCAGCGGCGGUGUAGGGGAUCAAGCGCCGGUGGCCGGCUCGGGUAGCCGAGCUGCAGGUGCUACAGCCGCUGGCACAGGAGCUGCUACUACCGUUAGUGAUCAGAGGGCACUGGCAGCGGCGGCGACGGCGGCUCCGCCUCUGGAUGAGGAUGCGGCGAUGGAGGUGGUGAGGGUGGGGGAUGUUGUGGAGGUGGUACCCCUGCCGGGUCAAGUCACUCCGCCGGUACUGGUGUUGGAGGAGUUGUGGGAAGAAGCCGCCGCUGGCGGCGUCGGCGUCAACGUCGGCGUCAACGCAGGAAGACCUCAGCGGUUGGCAUCGGGCCGAAGGCUCUUGCGUUCCGAGGAGACGCCGUUCCAAAUGGCGCCCGCGCCGCUACCGCACCUGUACCGCACCGCCUUCCGCAGCGAGCGGAUUCCGCUAGAGGCGCUCAGCCGCCGUCUCAGAGUGUACAACAGCGCCGUCGCGGCGGCUGCAGCCGGAUCGGCCACCACCUGCAGCGGCGCUGCAACGCAUUCACCGCAGUUCCUGUGCAUGUUCUCGUACGACCAUCGGACCAUGUCGUUGGGGCUCGUACCGCCGUCAGAGCAGUUGCAGCCUCCUUGGUAA